AGCAUACAAGUACACGUACUUUCAGCAAAACAACACAAAAAUUACAAACUUCUCUGAUACGGUGUCAUAGAUAAAAAAAUCAAUUUAUUUUUAGAUGAGGGAAAUGUUGAUGAAAAAACCACUUAACAUAUAAUUAGACUUGCUGAGUUAUCAUAUCUUAUGAUCAGUAUGUAAGUAAUUGAUAUGUUUAUCGUUUGUUUGUUGUUGUUAAUGUUGAAUAAAUCCAUUUACAUGUACAUUAAGCAUGUUUGAUUAAUAAAAACGAUAACUAACGUCACCAUCUACAAAUCCUAUAUAAGAACUAAGGUAAUAAUAAAUUAAAACUUACUAGCCAUAAACAUGGCGAGUUCCUUGGUAUUUGUUUUACUGGUGAUCACAGCAGUUGUUUUGUCGGAAGCUGAGUCGCUCAGAAACCAAGAAUUGAAAGAAAGAGAUGAAGAAAUGAGUCAUAAACCAAAAAGAGAUUUUUUUAAUUGGGAAACGGGAAAAGAAAACGUUCCGGAUAAAUUGCCAAAAAAUGAAACGGGCUCUUCGGAUGACAACCGGCAAGAUAAAGAAAACAGUAUCAAAGGAAAACUGCAAGAGGAAAACAAUACGCAAGAAACACCACAAAAUGACAACAUGCAAGGAAUACCACCGGGGCUCAACAUCUCGCAAGGAGCACCAGAAAAUGACAACAUGCAAGGAGCACCACCGGGGCUCAACAUCUCUCAAGGAGCACCACAAAAUGACAACAUGCAAGGAGCACCACCGGGGCUCAACAUCUCUCAAGGAGCACCACAAAAUGACAACAUGCAAGGAGCACCACCGGGGCUCAACAUCUCGCAGGAAACACCACCGAGACUCAACAACGUGCAAGGAGCACCACCGGGGCUCAACAUCUCGCAAGAAACACAGCCGGGGCUCAAUAUCUCGCAAGGAGCACCAUCAGGACUCAAUAUCUCGCAAGGAGCACAAGGGGAUCAAAAACAGUCAUCUGGGGAAGAAGGGUCUUCAGGGGAAAACGGAUCUCAGCAGCAACCAAAUAAAAGAAAUGGUGACGACGAAUGGGAAGAUACUCCGUCUACAGAGGGUCCGCCCCCAGUGUUCGCUGACCCUGUGCUUCACGUAGAUCCAGAGUCUGUAAUGGGUUAGGUAAUUCUAACGACAGGAGUAUGCAAGGCAUCAAAUAUUUCAUCAGCUAGAACUCUAAUGGAAAAGUUUGAUUUGCGACAAAAGUUAAUUUAUUAAUAAUGAUGACUUCGGGAAAAAUAACUGGAUAGCUUAGGAACGGUAAUUUUUAGUAAUCAACAUAUUUGUUUGAUUACAUCCUCAAACAUUUCGAAAAUCAAUUUUUCUAUUCUGUAUUAAGAAUUUAUUAUGGCUAAUAAAUGAUAAAGAAAAAUGUUUGA